AUGAAAUAAUUUCCCAUAUAAUAAGCAAGAAAUCUUGUGAAUGAAUUUUUUGAAUUUGUUGCAAAAGCAGUAAGUCCAUUUCAUGUAACAUCUCUUUGCAAAGAAAAACUAACUAAAUCAGGAUUCACAGAAUUGAAUGAAACAGAAAAUUGGAAAUUAGAAAAAGGUGGUAAGUAUUUCUUCACAAGAAAUCUCACUACUAUUGUAGCCUUCACUGUUGGUCAAUAAUUUGACCCCAAUAAUACAGGAUUUAAAAUAAUUGGUGCUCACACUGAUAGUCCCUGUUUAAGAUUAGCUCCAGUUUCUAAACUAGAUUCAAAUGGAUUCCUACAGACUUGUGUUUCUACUUAUGGUGGUGGUUUAUGGCAUACAUGGUUUGAUAGAGAAUUGACUUUGGGUGGUCGAAUUAUUUUUUAAAAAGAUAAUGUCUUUUAGAGUUAGUUAUUUCAUUAUAAAUAACCUUUAUUAAAGAUUCCUAAUUUAGCUAUUCAUCUAACAACUGAUAGAAAUAGCUUUGCUCCAAAUAGUAAUUAUUUAAUUAAAAGUUAGACGAAUCAAAUUUAAGGCCUGUUUUUGCAUAAGAAGCAUAUUAAACAUUGACUGGAAUUGAAAAACCAAAAACUGAGGGAUAAACAAGUUUUGAAAAUAAACACUAUAAAUAUUUGCUUAAUUUGAUAACUGAAUAGACAGGCAUUCCAACAUCUGACAUUUUAGAUAUUGACCUAUAUUUUUCAGAUUGUUAACCACCUUCUUAUUUUGGAUUAAAUUAAGAGUUCAUUUCUGCUGCAAGAAUUGAUAACCUAUUUUCAAGUUUCUUCGCCCUUUUAGCAAUUACAAAUCCAGAAAGUUUUACAGAAGACCAAACAUUUAUUAAUAUGAUUUGUCUCUAUGAUCACGAAGAAGUAGGGUCUUAAAGUGCUCAAGGAGCUGACUCUUCAUUAUUGUCUAAUAAUAUGAAGAGAAUAUAUGAUAUCCUAUCUAAUUCAACCUAAACUUCUACUGAUAGUUUUUAUAAAGCUAUACAAAAGAGUUUCUUAAUUUCUUCAGAUAUGGCUCAUUCUAUUCAUCCAAAUUAUUCAGACAAGCAUUAAUAAAACCAUAGAGUUAAGAUGAAUGAAGGAAUUGUUAUCAAAAUCAAUCACAAUUAAAGAUAUGCUACGGAUGGUGUCUCGUCAGCAAUCCUAAGAGUUGUGGCUUAAUCUGCAGAAGUUCCAAUCCAAGAUUUCAUUGUUAGGAACGAUUCCCCUUGUGGCUCAACGAUUGGACCAUUAUAAGGUUUAAAAAUAUAUUAUUAUUUUAGCCUCAAAUACAGGUAUUAAGACUAUUGAUAUUGGAGCUGCAUAAUGGGGUAUGCAUUCCAUCAGAGAAACUGCUGGAGUUGUUGAUGGUUAUUAUUUGGAAAAACUCUUUGUUGAAUUUUACAGAAAAUAUGAAAAAAUAGAUCAUAAGUUGCUUGGUAUUUGAG